UGCUGUGCUGUGCUGGCUACCCUGAGGAGACAGUCUCAGCUGAAUCGCUCCCCGAGGAGCCGCAGAUCCAUCUUGACUGAGCACAGUCAUGUGUUCGAAAUGUUUCUGAGUUGGAAGGAAACUCCUGUAGCUGUUUCUGUCAGAAAUUAUUGUGAAUGUGUUUAAUACCUGCACUGAUAUUUCUGCAGCUUGUCACUCUCCAUCCGCUGAAGGUGACGGCCGAGAGGGAGGCCUGUGCAAGCUUCCCCCAUCACGUGCUCACCUGAGGGAGCACCUCGGCGGGAGGGGGACCCUUGGGCAGGUUUCCAGCAGGCAAGAACAACCAGAACAGGUUUGUGAAUUGCCAGGGAAGCAGGCUACUCACUGUCUUGCUUCCACAAGGAAAAAGACCGUGUAACCACCUCCUGGGGCCAGGUGAGAAGAGGUUCCAACACACCCUUCCCCCGACAAAGGAGCUCAGACAAGUGCACCACCUUUGUGGGUGGGGAUGGGUGGAAGGCUUUACAAGCCCCCAGUGAAAGCAGCAGAGGAAAGUCUGAGAUUUUUCACUAGUUUCUGUGCUGAUUCCAGCUUCACUUGCCUGUCUGCUGCAAAGGCAAGUUUACAGAAUCCAGUUUAUGAUUUACUUUCAGGCACAAAAGUGAUAGCUCUCCAUGUUUCUAUAAACCUCAUUUAUUGUCUGUGUGUCAAUGACAUCAGCACAUCAAUCAGUGCAAGAGGUGCAUUUUUAUCAGUUCUGUCUUACAGGGAGCGAUGUGUGCUUUACAAGUAGCUCAAGCACAACCAUAAAAAUAAAGCCUAUCCCAAGUAAUGUCAGAAAUAGAAGCUCCUCUCCUGCAGAUUAUUGUUCCUUUUUGCCAGCUUGAUCUCACAGGACACUUGCAGCUCCCCUGAUGUAUUGCAGGAUGGAGACCUGGCAGGGAUCUGAAGGAAAUAAAGACCUUCAGUCUUGGCCAGUUCUCUCCCUUGCUGCGUGUGUGCCUGCAUGCUGAGGAGCAGGAACAGUUCCUUCCAGACUGCUCAUGGUGGGCCUUGCCCUGUCUUGUCCCCAGUGCAGCUGUGUGACCACAGUCCCUCCUUUCUCCCUGGCUCCAUGUUUAUAAUGGAUGCUUUGCUAGAGCCUCUCAGAGGGAUCGUGUGCAUGUGCUGUGUUCAGCUCAGAUGCUUCCAAGGGCUCUUGAGGAAGAUGAAAUGUGGCCUAGGGGAGAACUGUGCAUUAUGAGAAUUUCAGGAGUGGUUUGCCCAGCCCUCAAUGAAGGUUGUUUCUGAUUAGGUUAAUGAAGGACAUCGUUCUCAGGGCCAGAGUCACCUGGUUUGUGCAGGGAGAUAUAAAUCACCUGUCCCUGUAUGUGGACAAUCCUUGCCCUCUGAACAGCAGAGGAGAGGAAAUGAGGUUAUUUCCACUGGGCUGUGCAGCACUGAGCAUCCAGGGUGCUCUGCGGAAGAGAUGAACCCAGCAGCCCCCUUUCACCACUGGGACUACGCCCUCCUGCCCCCCACCAUACAUGGGGGGUGCAACCUCCAGCCCCUCCACCUCCUCCUUUCCUGCUGGAUUCACUCUCCUCUGCACCAACCUUGCUCCCAGGGCAAGUGGCUCCCCGGGGGCCACCCCGGAGACUGGGACAUCUCUGCAACCCUCUGACCCCUCAGCUGGGUCUCACCCAACUUACACCAUUGCAGGGCUAUCAUCACCAGGACCUGCAGUCCCUUCCUUGCAGUCUGUUGCAACAGGGAUGGGCAGAGCAACAAGUGGCUCAAACAGAGCUGUAAGUGCCCAAAUGUGUGUGUUUAUCCCAAAGGCACAGGCUGGUAUAUCAGUGCACACAUCCAAAAUGUGCCUGUGGGAGCUCUGCACCAUUUUUAUCUUCUUGUGGUUGAGGGGAAAGAAAGAGCCACUUUCUCAAAGAAUUUUGAAGAGAAACUUAGAAGCUGAUGAAUAAGUAGCAAAACCUCCUCCCUCCUUCCCUUUCCACAUGGUUGGUGCUGCAGGCAGUCGGCUGAGGUUCCACACAGCUGGCCAAGAGCUGUCCUCCCAGAAACCAGGGGAGCUGGGCACUCCUUCAUUUGCCAGAAUUCACUCUCACUUUUAUGUGUAUCUUGCUUUGCAGAUGGGAAAUGUGUCCAACAUCUCGGUGUUCACCUCCACCUUAUCAGAGAGAGAAGAUCUGAUUUUUGGCUCACUCUAUUUAGUCUUUGGCAUCAUGUCCUUCUCUGGGAACUCGCUGCUGCUGCUGGUGGCCUAUCAGAAGAGGUCCCUGCUGAAACCUGCCGAGUUCUUCAUCGUCAACCUGGCCAUCAGUGACCUGAGCAUGACGGUGACGCUCUUCCCCUUGGCCACCUCCUCCUUCUUUGCCCACAGGUGGCUGUUCGACCGGGCGGUUUGCACCCUCUACGCCUUCUGUGGGGUCCUGUUCGGGCUGUGCAGCCUCGCCAGCCUGACGGUGCUCAGCACGGUUUGCUGCCUCAAGGUCUGUUACCCAGCAUAUGGGAACAGGUUCUCCCCCAGCCACGCCGCGGUGCUGCUCCUGUGCGUGUGGGUCUACGCCCUGACCUUCGCCACGGCCCCCUUGGCCGAGUGGGGCAGCUACGGCCCCGAGCCCUACGGGACAGCCUGCUGCAUCACCUGGGAGACCUCCAGCAGGGAGGCCACGCUCUACAUCCUCGCCCUCUUCAUCUUCUGCUACCUCCUGCCCUGCCUCCUCAUCCUCGCCUCCUACUCGCUGAUCCUGUGGACGGUGUGGGUGUCCCGGAGAGCCGUCCAGCAGCACACGUCCCCCCAGCGCAGAGCCCGCAGCCUGCACAGCCUGCUCCUGAAGCUGAGCGUUGCCGUGUGCCUGGGGUUUCUGGCUGCCUGGACCCCCUAUGCCGUGGUUGCCCUGUGGGCACUGCUCGGGGACACCAGCCAGGUGCCAGCACUGGCCUUUGUGCUGUCGGCCGUCUUUGCCAAGUCCUCGACACUCUACAACCCGCUGGUGUACCUGCUCUUCAAGCCCAACUUCCACAAGUUCCUCUCCAAGGACAGGGUUCUCCUCCAGGCCCUCCGUACCCUGCUGUGCUGCAGCUGCCCCAAUGCGGCGCUCCAGCCCUUCCCACCCCCGGGGGUCAGUGACCAUGCUGGGGCUUGCAGGAACUGCAAUGACACUUUUGAGUGUUUCAGUAACUACCCCAAGUGCUUCAACCCGCCCCAGGCACCUGGCAGCUCCCCCCUGCGUGGUCCCCUGGCCAUCCUGACUGACGGAGCUGCUUGCCAGCCGGGGCUGAGGAGGACAGUGCAGGUGAUGGUGCUGGUCACAGGGAAGAGGUCAGGCCUGGGCACUGUGAAUGUGGCGGGGGAAGCCCUGCCAUCAGCCCUGGUGAAAGAGCUGCUCUGAGCCCGGCUGUGCCCGGCUCUGUCCUGCCAGCGCACCGCAGGGCAAACCUAAACAUGACAUUCCUCUCACCUACUUACCCAGCGGGUCCCCAGAUGUUUUGUAGAUGAAGUGACGUGAACAUGUAAGACCAGCCCUGCAUCCUGCUCUGGUUUGGCUCCUGCAGCUCUGAGCCUGGCCUUUGCACUUGCAAGAACAAGAACAAAAGCAGACCCCAAGUGCCUGAGAUCUGCCCAGGGUGCAGCCCAGGGUAGUCUCUCCUGCUGUUUCCUCUCUGGGCCCUUGGCCUUGGUUUUUCCAUCCUGGUGCUCUGAUGACCAAGUAGGCACUUGGUUAUCUUAAAAACUGUGCCUGGCAGGGCAGGCUAGGGGUCAGGAGGCCCUGAGGGGCAUCUACUUUCAGUGCUGGCUCCUACAGCCCCCACAGCCACAUCCUCUCCUGCUGGGGAGCAGGACUGUGUCACACAGCUACCUCACUUGGGAUUAUGAAGCACCUCCCUAUAGCUCUCAGGGACUGCUCUCUGUGCCAGCUGUGCUACCCCUCCAUUUGAAUGAAACCCACCACUGUUGUGUGUUUAGAGCAAGGAUUGGGGGUUACAAUAAUCCUGAAGUGACUAAUGGCAGUCCCAGGUUGUGAUCUCCAGGCAGGGAAUGACAAAUCUGUGGCUGAGCAACAUCCUGGAGACGGCGCUGUGGCACAGGUGUCCCUGGCACAGGAACAACGGAGCAGCAGCUGCCAGGGCAACAGCAUCCUGCAGGAUUGAGUCGGCCCCUGGAGAUCAGUGUGGGCAGCACACCCACGAGGAGGGGCUGGGACAAAAGGGACCAAGAAGCCGUGCCAAGGACCUGAUGCAAAGCCACCCCCAUAAGAGGCCCCCCAGCAGCUCCCCUGCCCCAUCCCAGGCGUUCUGUCACACGAGGGGAUCCCGUGGUGUCCGUGUGACCAGUCACCUUGUUCCAGAAGUUGUCCAUUUCUAAAGUA